AGUUGCACAUAAGAAAUAGUGGUUUGGACUCGACUUCAUCAUCUGAACUAUCCCAUAAUGCUUGGCCAUCGUGACAGCGAGCAGUUUGCGUCGACAGUCAAACAGUCAUCGACAUAGAAAUGGUGGCGACAACUGCCUCAGCCACAGCCACUGGAGUCUCCAGCCUCCGCUACUCUUCCGGGUCGGGCCACCGGCGGAUAAGGCCCGCAAAGAAGGUCACGGGUUACACAAAAUUCGCCAUCCACUACCCAAACUGCCUCUCUUCCACAAGGGUAAAAGGGUCUUUGCCUAUCCGAGCUCUUGACCCUCAAAGACGAGGAGGAGAAGAAGAAGAAGAAAGUUCAGGCAUCGCUAACACUACAAGCACUUCAAACUCUCAGGACGAUCUGGAAUAUCUGGGGAAGGUUGUAGCUGGUUCCAUUGUGGCUGCAGCUGUUAUAAAGUAUGGAAGCAUAGUUUUUCCUGAGAUAACCAGACCCAACAUCGUACAGGCUCUUAUCAUGAUAUUAACUCCUGUUAUUGUAGCCAUUUUGCUUUUGUUCAAGCAGAGCCGUGCAGAGGGGCGAAGCUAGGAAUGCAAGCCUGUAAUUUAGCACAUAUCCUCUUGCAGGCCUAUAAGACAAAUUUAGCUGGUUUUAUAAGAACGUAUAAGCAAUCAGAUUUUCCUGGGUAGGUUGAUGAUGCAAAACAAUUUCUGAUCUUAAAGAGUUUGUUCUGUUUAAAACUCAAUAUCUGCAUUUCUGCGGGUCAUGAAUGUUAGAAUCAUGCUACAUCAUGGAAGCUAUUGUUACACACACAAUUACUGUUGUAGCUUAACCCUUGUGUCCAGUUUCAGUCACUUCAUGAGCCCUGUAUUCCGAAACUGCGAACCCCAAAAGAAUGUAAUUCAUCAAUAUUUGUGGAGCUGCUACAAGAAUUCCAGUGAUUUAUUCCACAUCCGUUUGAAAGCACUGCCUGUAACAUCCAUUCGGUCUACUUGAAAGUAAAUUCAAAUACAGUGAAAAUCUUCAGCUGCUGAGAUAAGAAAAUCCCAGAUUACAUGGAAAUUGUAUAUCAAACCCAAGAAGGCGACAAGCCGGAAAAAAGAAUGAGGAAGAUUGGAAGCUGAACCGGAGAACCAUUGGGGUUAUUUGACAGUGGCUUGAAGGAAAAAGUAUUUCAUCGUGUUUCAAAAGUGACUACAUCAGUUUCAUUGUGGAGGAAGUUUGAAAGCUUUAUAUGAAAGGAAGACAACCACCAAAAAAUCUUUCUUAAACGAAAAAGUGUAUCUGUAGAUUCACACCAAGAAUAUCAAGAGUUCGUGAAUUAUUGGCUAUUAAUGUACGUGUCUGACAUUUCAGAUGAGAGUGAUAUAUAACAACAUCUCAACAGAGAUCAUAAUUACAUUAUUGGCUAUCGGAUAUUGUAAUUAUUUUCAUUACUGUACAAAGGUGAACUCAAAUGAGACUUCACUUCCGGAUCACAUCAUCCACUCUUCCCUCUUUGAAUGC